UAAAAGUGGUAUAAAAGCGGCCUCAAGAUUAAGGGCGGCGUCAAACCGCGUGGUUUGUGUACGGUGCCAUGAUUGUCGCAGAGCUUAUACCAUUCUUCCUAGCCGUGCAACUUCCCACCAAGGAUGUUGCCUGGCCGCACGGACCCGAGUACAUUUUCACCGUUCACAUGAACGUGACGGGGAUACCGCAGUGUCCUCAUCACGUUUCAGCGUGCGGCGAUCCGUCCGGCUAUCGUAUCACCUCUCGGCUGCAUUGCACCCCGAAGAGGAAUGACACUCUGAGCUGCGGCCUCAGGCACGUCGACGGCUUCGAGUUCGGUGAAAAGGACUUCGCGAACCAACGGAGGAACCUCAUCGAGGCGCCUAGUGAACUGUUGUUUAACGAGAAAGGCGUCGACAGUAUCGUCACGAGCCAGUUGACGCGGGUCUAUGACCUCAACAACCUGAAGACGGUGGCCGAGCAGCUGCAUCCCGGUAGCGACUUCAAUAAUAUCGGAAAUGGCAGCGUCGUCCAGGAUGUAACCGCAUCCACCAUAGGCAAAUGCAACGUCACCUUCGAUGUGUAUCACCGUCUCGAUGAAAACGCAAAGCCAUCUCGCCGCAACUACCAGUUGAUAAUACAGCCGCUGAGGUUGCACAUGACUUCCGAACAAACCCUCGUCAUCGACAAGACGACGAAUCUUAACGAUUGCAGCUGCUACGCAGACAGCUACUUCGGCAAAUAUGGCGACAAGGUUGUCGAUGAAAGAUUGAAAUCGAAUUUGGACAUGAUGGUCAGUCACAUGGAAAUUAAUGAUGCGAGUUUUAGUUCGUCUACAACAAGAAAGGGAACGUCGACGUCAAAUAACAAACUGUAUAACAUAACUGAAAUUACAAAAGUAAUCUUGGAAGACAUUCGACCUGCCACGAGGGACGCACCCGCGAUCGUAAAACCGGGUGAGACCAAGAUAAUUGCUAAUGACGAUAUACGAAGUAUUUCUACUGGUUAGUAAUAAUUAUUAAAAAUAUUAAUGUUACGAGUACAAUAAAGUUAACUUUAAAAAGACAUCUCGCAAUAAAAGUGUGUAUACACAUAUAAUACAUUUGACAUUUACGCAUACUGCAGUAUGUUUCCUGUACAACAUGACUUGUAAAAAAAUGAUUAAUAAGUUAAAAAUGUAAGAAAUAAAAACUUACACACUAUAGCAACAAUAUAGAUGACGUUUAGAUAAAAAUAUA